CAGAGGCGGCCGAUUGGGAUUGUUUACAUUGCAUCAGCUGACGGGAGGAGGAACGUGCUUCUCGCCAGCUGUGAGGCACUCGAACUGCACCUUAGUUCUGUCGCCAUUCAACUAACAACAACACCCGAGUUGUGAGGCACUUGAGUUACUCACCAGGGAAAAGCACUUUGACUCCACACCAGCUGUCAGAAUUCAGUUUGAUGGAGGAAAUGGUACAAGAGAGCAAAAGCCCUGUAGCAGGUCUGCUUCUCACGUUGGGAACACCAGCGGCAAUUGUUGGAGCUGUGUUGGCUGGAUUCCUCCUUGCAAAGCUAAAACCUCCGGUUCAGAAGCAACACAUUCAUGAGGACGAAGUAAGCACAGACUCAGAUAUGGUGCGUGUACGCAGAUCAGCAUCUGAAAAUGAAUGUCCCAUUUGCAUGGAUCCAGCAAAGUUUGCUGUGGAAACAAACUGUGGCCAUAUGUAUUGUGCAAGUUGCAUAAUCCAGAAUUGGAGGACUAAUUUUAGCACAUCACCCAUGCCAUGCCCGUUUUGUCGUCAGGAGGUAACACUACUAUUGCCAUGUUUUUCUGAAGGGGAAACUAAUACAGCGGAACUUCAAGAAGUUGAAGAAAGGGAGCGUAUUAUGGUUGAUGUGCAGCAAUACAAUCGCAUGUACUCUGAACACCCUAGAUCAUUCUAUGGCCAACUACAAGAUCUGCCCACUAUUUUACGUCACAUCUGGGCAGAACUGUUCACCUGGCGUGGUAUUGAAAUGUUAUCAAGAUUUAGAUUUCUCAUUUGUGUUGCUACUGCCAUCCUUUAUGCAAUAACACCCAUUGACUUAAUUCCCGAAGCCUUUUUGGGUCUUCUUGGACUUAUUGAUGAUGUUGUGGUCAUUGCUUUCUUGUUAAUACAAGUUAGCGUUGUUUACCGCACAGUUGUUGCUAAUAGAGACUGGUAGGGUUGGAAACAAUUACGUUUUGUUGAUUUUACGGUGAGAAUUAAAGUUUAACAGUACUGUACCUUAAUUUAUAGAGAAAAAAUUAACAUAUAAGACAAAUCCAAUAUAUAAAUAUUGUAAUAAUUAACUUGUCAUGUUUUUAUGCAAAUUUUUGUUGUCGACAGACAAUAUGAGUUUCCUGACUACUUCAAAAGUACACUGAUCUUAACUCGAGCUUACUGUAAAUACUGCACUGUACUGAAUUUUAGGCAAUUCCGUUUUUAUACCUUGGAAAAUUUCACCCCAGUAGUAACAUCAAAUGACAAAGUCUGGUGACUAUAUUUUAUGUUACAGUACUGUACUACUAUAUAUAUACAGUAAUCUCAGCAUUUUAAUAUCCAGUCAGAACUUUGGAAAUUAACACAAAUGGGAGACCAAAUAUUUUUACCUAUAGCAUGUCUGCUACAUAUCAUGUGGUCAAAAAAUUGAACAGCAUAGCCAGUAAAUAAAUGCUACACACAGCCUGUUAAAUUUAUCAAAGAAGGUAGAUUUUGGAUGAUUAGUAUUAUCAUACAAAAAUGUUCUGGGGGAUACAUGCAGUAAUGUCCUGCAGAUUUAAAACUAUUUAUUUAUACUGUACUUCAGAAUGUAAUUUAAUAUUAAUUAAUGUACUUUUUUUUUUACAUAAUUUAUAUACACGGCUCAAAAUACUUCUUUAUUAGCAGAUAAAGUACACUGUAAAUGGUAAUGAUUAGGUUUAGUAUAUUGUUGAAAAAUAGUUUAAACAUAUAUUUUUUCAAAGUUUGUUUACAUAUGUGUAUAGAGUAAAUGGAAAAGUACAGUACUGUAUGUAGUCAGGAGCUUUGUAUCUUGGUUUCCUUGGAUACUGUGAUAUUCACAGAAUGAAGCAAUACAGCAAACAUAAUGGUGUCAACACAGACUUGUACAAAAUAAUUGCUAAUCAUUGCAUUCAAAGUGUAGUAUUCACUGUAAAAAAAAUGAUAUAUAAAAAGAUGUGUGCAGUUUGAGAAACCUUGAAUUUUUUAACAUUGCUCUUUUUUACCCCUAAUAAAUGGAUUGUGCUAAAGUUUCACCCAUGGUCAUUUAAUGGAACAUCCUGCUCCUUUUGGUCUGAAUUGCAUUGUCCCAUUUAGUCAUGCAUCUCCUUGUAGAAUAUCCUGAUUUUUGGGAUCAUGUUUCUUGCUUUCCUAAUAUCCCAAAGAAAAAUUUGUCCCUCAGUAGAAUCCAGUACCUUUGAUAUCGCUCCCCCUUGUAUCUUUUUGUUCUCAUACUGGCAUCUUGGAUGAUAUUUAGUGCAUUUUGAAUAUCCAGUGACAGACUGCUACAGUCUUCCCAGCUUGGCUCCUUAUGAUAAUUAAUCACCGUACUUUUGUUUCUGCUUGAAACAAAAAACAAAUUAACCUCUACCUACUGACCUGAUUUUUGGAAUAUGCAAUAAAGUUUGUAGAGUUCCAGUAAUAUAUAAUUUAAAGCCCUUCUGCCUUGUAUUGUAAGCAAUAUGGAAUAUAUAGUGCUGAAUAAAACCUUGAAUUAACAUUGUCUAGAAGAUCUAUGAACUAAUUGUCAUAAAGACAUAUGUACAGGAAUGGGAAAAUUGUUAUGCAACUACAGUACUUUUUGGUAUUUUUGGACAGACAUAUGUUGGAACCAUUGUAGGGAAAUAACUUUAAACAUCUUAAAAUGGUGAUUCACCGAAGGUUAGAGAUGAUAAAAGGUAUAAACAGUUCAUUUUAAUGCAGUCUAACACCAGAUUGGUUGCAAAAUCUAGUUAUUCAUGAAUGGUAAUAAAGCUUUUGACUGUUUUGCAUCAUGCAGAAAUAGCUAAUUUGUAUUAUUUGAUAUGUAUAGCAAUGAAUCCAUGGAUAAUGUAAGUAACAAUGUAAGCUCAGUUAUAUUAUUAUAGGAAUUCGGUGAAUGGUACAUACGAUUAAAUCAUGAAAAAUAUGCUUGUUGUGUAAGUGCUGUAACUGUCUAAGAUUAAACAAGAAAUUCAAAUUUUUGCGAGAUGUACAUUUGAAGUUUAAAGGGUUGUAUCGAGUUAAAGCAGUGUGUGUGUGUACUAAAGUACUUGAACAAUAUAUAAUACCUAAGUAGCAAAGUUUGUUUCUUUUUCUUACUGUUAUUAGUGCUUAGAUUUUACCAUUAUUGCAAAAAUUAAAGAAUAGGAUUAAUCUGCAGACAGCAGCAGCUUUUAAAAAGGCAGAGGGAACACUGGUUAGAUGAUUAGAUACUACUGGGAGGACUCACAAAGUUGAGUGAAGGUGGGCUUUUGAAUGGAGUGGGACAAGGACACAAUCCAGACAUGUUGUGUAUUAUAUUCUUCACUAAGGUAAAAUAUACUACAUAACCAUCUGCAAACACUUUUGUAAAGUACAGUACUUAUAUUAAUCUGUCUUCCCCCACUUUUUAUGCCAUGUAACUGAUAUUUUAAGAUGCAUUACUUUAUUAGUUUUUUUUAUAUAUAAUGUUUGUGUGUAAGAGAAACUGGAACACUAACAGAUGGAAGUCCCCAACUUAUUGCUAGUCACAUGUUACAGGACUUUGAAUUGCUCCAGACUUUGGGCUUCUUGUGACUUUUUUUUUUUUAGCAGGCUUCAUAUAGUAAUUGUUUCAUGAAAUUUAUAAAUAAUUCUGUUCUAUCUUUAUGCCAUGUCUGUUGUGGAACCGAUACUCCCUUAUGCAGAAACUUUUCAACACAUCUUUGCUGCCUGUAAAGUGUAAACUGCUUUUUAAAGAUGCGCUUGAAAUGUUUCAAAUUUUGUGCAUGCCUGGCAAAGUAUUAUCAUUUGUAACCUAUUGUUUGUACAGUACUGUAGGGUUAAAGGACAAGAGACAAAAAUAUUAGAGUUAAGAGCAUCCUGCCCUUUCCUUGUUUUCUAAAUUUGUUUUGUACAAUAGAACAAUGCAAUAUCCGACACUACAGGACUGUAAAUAUUUGUCAAAUUAAAUGAUUUAAAAAUC